AUAAGUCUACUUCCAAGACUAUUUGGGAUUCCAUGAAGAAGAAGUACCAGGGGAAUGAAAGAGCGAAGCAGCAACAGCACCAGGCUUUGCGGGCAGAAUUUGAAAGUCUACAGAUGCAGAUUGGUGGAUCUAUAAAUGAUUAUUUUUCAAGGACGAUGGCAAUUGCAAACAAGAUGAGGAUCCAUGGUGAAAAUCUGGAGGAUGUUGCCAUAGUUGAGAAAUCCUUUGUUAUGGUCUGUCAUCCUAAAGAAGUCAGCAUGAAGAAUGUGUGGUAUCUGGAUACUGGUUGCAGCAACCACAUGUGUGGAGACAAAUCUGCAUUUUCAGAUCUGGAUGAGUCUUGUCAAGACAAGCUUCAAGAGAAAGGAUAUGAAAUCUUGAUUAAAGAUGGAGUUUGCCAAGUUCGUGAUUCAAAGCUUGGCUUGAUAGCAAAGAUUGAAAGACACAGCUUGGUUAUGGCAUUGCAGAUAUGGAUAUCUUUAGUUUGUAAACAGUAUCGUGAUAGCUUUCCUAAAGACAGACCUUGGAGGGCAAAGCGGGUGCUAGAUCUGGUUCAUUUUGAUCUCUGUGGACCCAUAAAUCCAACAUCUAAUGGAGAUCGUGGUGGUGAGUUUAACUCAAAGGAAUUUGUAGAUUUUUGUGAGUUUGAUGGUAUUAAAAGACAACUCACAGCAGCAUAUACACCCCAGCAGAAUGGUGUAUAUCAGAAAAGGAGUAAGCUUGAUGACAAAGGGAAAAAGUGUAUUUUCCUUGAUGUUAGUAAUCAGUCCAAAACUUACAGAUUAUACAAUCCUUUAACCAAGAAGGUCGUCAUUAGCCAUGAUGUAGUGUUUGAUGAAGCAAGCACUUGGUCUUGGACAGAAAAAUCUGGGCAACAGAUUCUUGUAGAUUUUGAAAAUGGAGAAGAUCUGACUGUGCAAAACCCAAAAGAACCUAGUACUGGAAGAAGUCUGCCAACAAUACCAGAAUUGGAAUCUGGAACUAGUUCUAGACCUCAACGCAAAAAGAGAAGACAAGCAUGGUUGGAGGAUUAUGAGGUAACAGAUCUACCUCAAGAUGAUGUUCUAGUCACUCAUUUUGCUCUAUUUGCAUAUUGUGAUCCAUUGACAUAUGAAGAAGUCAUUAAAGAAGAAAAGUGGCAAAAAGCCAUGGCAGAAGAAAUUGGUUCUAUUGAAAGGAACCAAACUUGGGAGUUGACAGAUCUUCCGAAAAGGCACAAGACAAUUGGUGUUAAGUGGAUCUACAAGACAAAGCUCAAAGAAAAUGGGGAGGUUGACAAAUUCAAAGCUCGCUUGGUGGCAAAGGGUUACAAGCAAGAGUUUGGCAUUGAUUAUCAAGAAGUUUUUGCUCUAGUUGUAAGGAUGGACACCAUCAGAUUGGUGAUUGCUUUGGCAGCACAGAACUUAUGGUCGAUCUACCAGCUUGAUGUGAAAUCGGCCUUCCUGCAUGGAAAUCUAUAAGAACAGGUAUUUAUUGAUCAACCUCCUAGUUAUGUGAAAUCUUAUUCUGAGCAUAAAGUUUAUAGAUUGAA